GUGAUGGCAGCGGCGGCGGCGGGGUGACAGAGGCGCGAGGGUGGUGUUGAUGGGACAACUUAUUUAUCAGAGUGAUGAGUGGCUUGUGGAGGUGGUGUAGGUGGAGGGGAAGCUGGAAGGCAGAGCGAGUGGCAGCAGGGACGAGCAGGGCAGCAGCGCCACAGCGCCACACCACCAGGGGUCGGGCCGGCGCCCUGGGUAUUUUUACCUUCUGGGCUGUCGUCGUGCCUGGCGGGCUUCGCUGCCGUGGUCUGCUUCAGUUACACUUGGCUCACGCCCUUACCUGCUGCUCGAGACUCUGCUCUUGUGUGCUCAUCCCACCGUGGUAAGCUCCCGCCCUUCCCGCUCUUGCCGCCGACAAAGGGCGGAGUGGGACAUGGCCGCGCCACACGUGCUUCCUGGGUCGCGAAAGUAAAAGAUAAACAGAUUGAACCACAAAGGAUUUAUUUGGCCUGGGCCCAGAUUUGUGUCACUUGUACCCCUGCAAAUGGCCGUGUAGAAGUGACGUGUGCUAUGCGAGCCUGAGGGCGUGGGGCGGGGCGGGCGGCAGUAUGAGCGGGCGCACCCGUCAGCAGUACGGCAGGAGCGCCACCACCUCGUACACCAAUAUCCUACACGACUCAGGCGGGGACAUCCUCAACCGCUGCUCUAACCUCUUCAGCAAGUUUGCCUCCCGCGUGAGGGCCGCCUCCCAGUCCGGGGAGGACCGCGCGCCCCCGUACCGCUCCGCCGCCGCCUCCUCCUCGUCCUCCGCCGCCAUUUCCACCACCACGUCCUCCUCUGCCGCCUCGGCCACCGAUCCAAUGCUGCUCAAAUAUAACAGGUAUGACGACCCGCCGCGCUACAACGACUACAAGACCUCGUCGUUGUACGGUGACGUGAAGACCAAGGCAUCCCGAUAUGAGCCCAGCUCUCCCCACCUACGGUCCGGGGGCGCCUCAGCCGUCGGUAGCUACACCCCCAGCAGGAGCGGUCACGCCCUCGCCCCAUCAGCCUCCUUCUCCUCCUUCUCAACCUUCAAGUCGGACUAUGGCGGCACAGACCUCGACAAGAAUGAUAUCACACCACGCAAGAAAUACGGCAGCGGCGGCGUGCGCUCCACCUAUGGCCGCACCACCUCAGACAUUUCCCUGGGCAGUACAAACGACUAUGGUCUGGGAGGUGCUUACCUGUCCCUGUCAGCCCCGACUCCCAACUACGACAAGAUCGGUGCUCGCUACAAGCCCAGCCGUUUUCUGAAUAAGAGCACGCUGAGAGCGGGAGGCUGCGUGGAGGAGGACGAGGCGGGCGACGAGCUGAGCGUGCUGCGGAAGAAUGACAGCACCAAGAAGACUGACUACUGGUCCCAGUACGGCUCAGGUUCCUCCUCCCCCUACGUGCUGGACCGUGGCCUGGACACUGCCAGCAGGAGGGCUAUCGUGGGGGUGAACCUCAGCCCGCAGCUGCGGCGGCGGCACGGCGAUAACUCCCUGAUCAGUGCCACAGGUAGACAGCGCCCGUCGCGCCCCGUGACGGUGCCUGAGGCCACGGAGGGGCGGGAGAGCACCAGCUCUAUCAUCAAACGGUAUUCUGGCUUGUCAGCGGUGGACACGGAUACGGGCAGCACCACGUCCUCCGCCACGCCAGACAGCGUCGCCGACGAGUCAGCUCGGCGCAAGGAGCGGGCUCAGCUGCUCAGCAUGUACUCACUGCCCCUCAACGUGCUGCACAACAUCAGCUCCUCAAACUCCUCCAGGAAGUUCCUGAAGCGCGGCGGCGAGAACUCCGGCAGCGGCGAGCACAAGCUGCGCUACGACCAAGUGAAGGAGAUGGCGGCCAAGGUGUCUGCCUUCAGCGCCUUCCCCGACGACGAGGGCAGCCAGGGCCCACCGCGCAAAGUGUACGGCAGCGCCUCCGCCGGGGACGUGUUGUCUGCCAUCGCUAAGGCCUCCGCCAAGGACACGCUGUCCAAGCACAGCACGCCAGACUCAGAGAAGUACAUCCUUCACGAGCCGCCCAUCGUGUUUGCCAAGGCUGCGGUGCGGGAGAGGCCUAGCGGCGGCACCACCACCCCCACCACGCCCACCACGCCCACCAUCUCCUCCACUAAGCUAGCCAAGCCCACCUCCCUCGCUCUCACCCGCACCUACACCACCGACCUUUUCCGAUCCCCCUCCGAGGAGUACCGCCUGUACGACCCGCUGCUGGACUCCCGCAGGCCCUACCACUCCAUCCUGGACCACCACGCGAGCGGCCACUACGGCCUGCACACGCCCCCCACGCCGCCCACGCCCACCAUUAAAGUGUCCAAUUACAUGGAGCCGGAACACGAGUACACCUUCACCACCUUCAAGCCGAGCCUCACCCACCACGCCAAGCAGGACGCCGCCAACAACAACAACAAUAACAAUAACACCAUCAGCAAGAGCACCACCACCAACAACAACAAUAACACCACCACCAAUAACAACAAUCUGAGCAACAGCAGCAGCAGCAGCACUACUACCACCACCAUUAGCACCACCAACACUACCAGUACCAAGACCAGCACUCAUGACACGAAAUCCAAGCCCAGCCACACCAACCACGCCAUCCACAGCUGCUAUGACGUGCUGACUGACCCCACCAUCGGCUAUGUCCCCGCCGUGAGCCCCGCGUCGCCGCAGGAGAACUCCCUCACCACGACAGCCUCCGUGAAGCCCAAAACGAGCACCAGCACCUGCUCCAGUGUCCUCUCCAAGCACCGGGACUUGAUGGACACCUCGUACGCCUUAGCUAAGUACAGGGCAGAACUGGACGCCGCCGAAGACACAGGUAGCGGACACGGUAAGAACAUCGUACCGUCCCACCCUCCAGCGUCCCUCUCCACCUCCGCCUCCACCUCCUCGCUCCUCGUCAAUGUCCCACCGCCGCCGCCGCCUAAGAAGUCCUCCAUGUUGGAAUACCUCGGCAUCCAUGACUACGGGGGCAAGAACAAGCACCACUACUCCUUCUGCAGCCCCAGUAGCAGUUCACGGGCACCGUCAGUCGAAGAUGAUGAAGAAGGACACCUGAUAUACCGCAGUGGCGACGUGCUGCAAGAUAGAUACAAGAUCAUUUCCACCCUGGGCGAGGGAACCUUCGGCAAGGUGGUCAAGUGUCGCGACCUGCAAAACAGUGAUCGCUUCCUAGCCCUGAAGAUCAUUAAGAAUGUGGAGAAGUACAGAGAGGCAGCCAAACUGGAGAUCAACGUCCUGGAGAAGCUUGCUGAGAAGGACCCGUACAACAAACACCUGUGUGUUCGAAUGCUGAGCUGGUUCGACUACCAUGGCCAUGUGUGUAUUGCCUUCGACAUGCUCGGCUUAAGUGUGUUCGACUUCCUGAAGGACAACAACUACCGUCCAUACUCCCUGGAUCAGGUCAGACACAUCUCCUACCAGCUGUGCUACGCCGUCAAGUUCCUGCACGACAACAAACUGACCCACACGGACCUCAAGCCGGAGAACAUUCUCUUCGUCGACUCAGACUACACCCUGACCUAUGACCCCAAGAAGAAGCGGGACAUCAGGACAGUGAAGAGAACAGAAAUCCAGCUGAUUGACUUCGGCAGUGCCACGUUUGACCACGAGCACCACAGCACCAUUGUCUCCACCAGACACUACAGAGCGCCAGAGGUCAUUCUAGAGUUGGGUUGGUCUCAGCCGUGUGACGUGUGGUCCAUUGGGUGCAUCAUGUUUGAGCUGUACCUGGGCAUUACACUCUUCCAGACCCACGAUAACAGGGAACACUUGGCCAUGAUGGAGAGGAUCCUAGGCCCAAUUCCCUAUAGGAUGGGAAGGAAGACUCGAACCAAAUACUUCUACCUUGGCAAGCUGGAGUGGGAUGAGAAGAGCUCGGCUGGAAGAUAUGUGCGAGAGAACUGCAAACACUUAAGGAGUUACCAGCUCAGCUCAAGUGAAGACCAUAGGCUGCUGUUUGACCUGAUCAGCAAGAUGUUAGAAUAUGAGCCGUCCCAGAGGAUAUGUCUUGCUGAGGCGCUAAGGCAUCCAUUCUUUGACAAGCUUGAGCCCCUCCAGCGGUUAGGGGACAGUGCCAUUGGUGACCGGGAGCGCUCCCACUCCCUCUCACGGUGAUGCCAGAUCCUUCAAGGCACGUACAGCACUGCCGCCUGACUGGCAACCCCCCGUCAUGCCCUCCCUGCCCCCCAUGUGGCACCUCAGCCAUUGGACUCAACCACCGAAGUAUUGGGCAGUUUCUCAAGACACUCGUCCACACAGAUGCCAGUGCUCGGAAACGCAACGCAAGAAUCUCAUUACAUGCGUGCAUAGCUACAUGUGGACUCUCCAGCCGUGUGCACGGUGUGUGUUGGGACAGAAUGCCAUGUCACUGACUAGCCACCAGAGUGUCGCAAGGCUUCAAAGAGUAUUUUUGGUGAUUUGUUUCUGUUAUCCUACGUGGUGCCGAGUUAAUGAGGUUCUCAUCUGUUAUGGUAUUGGAUCAGAUUGUCCAAAAACUGUGGUGGGAGGGAGGCAAAUUAGAUUAAGAUAGCUACAUUCACAUAUAACUGUAUGAUGUCUUUGUUUAUUAAGUUGUAAUUACCUGUGAGAUAUCAGUUCAUACAUUUUAAGGUUAUGUUUGAAAUGAGGCCAAGCAGCGGAAACACGAGCUAGUGAGUGAGCUGUCCACAAGGUAAUGGAAGGAGGUCAGAGUGGUGCUGUUGCAGCAUAUCUGUGUGUGUCCGGUAUUCUGGCAAGAUGUAUAUUUAUUUCUGCUGAGCCUCAAAGGUAAGGAAUUGCAGGCGUUACCACAGGGUGUCCACAGACUGGGAGCUGUGUCAAGUAUUCAAGAUAGCAAAAGUUACUCGUGCACAAAAUGUUGUGGUUGAUGACCGGGGAGGGGAGCUCCAUUUGUGCUACUUAAUUAAUUAUUGCGAGGCACAUCCCUCUCUCUACCUCUCCUCCCUGGGGGAGGAUGCCGGCACUCCACUUCAUUCUCUGAAGCAUCAAACAAAUAACCAAGGGUCUGCCACACAGGGGAGUGUUUCUGCCUCAUGCCAGGAAGUAUUGCCAUUUCUGGUUGCCUCCAGGCUAGGGGAGAACUGCCUGUCAGUUCAAGUCUCUCUUUAUCAUGUGUUGUCUCUUUUAGAAUAUGUUGUAGUGCCGGAAACACUCUCCCUGUGUUGAGUGAGGCUCGUGGCCAAAAUUUUGUCAGUGUUGAUUGUUAUUUUACAGAAGAAGAAAUAUAUAUUUGCAAGUGAUAUUCUGUGAGGAAGCUGCUGAGAGUCAGUGGUUGCCCACACCACAGGAAACCUUCCUCAAUAUAUUUAUACUGUAUAGGUAUUGUAUAGAGAAAUAUUUGAAAAAUCUUUUGGUCAAUUUUUUCUUUGUGUGCAUUUAUUUUUCCCAAGGAAGAAAAAACACAGUGAAGUAAAAAUUCAGUGAUGGAUCCAUCGUGUUGGUGUAGAGACGGAUGCUUUAUAUAAAAGUGAAAUAGAAUGAGGACAUUUUCCUUCUUUGACAACCCAAAGAGUUUCCUGCCUUUAGAAAAAAAAAAACUCUACUAUCGUCAAGGACAUAAACCUGUUCCUCCUAAUAAAUAUUUUCUUUUAGUA